AUGAGGGACGACUCGCCCUCUGGCGCCAUCGAACACUCGUUGCAAGCUCAUAGCAGAGCCAUCACCGAUAUCAACUUCUCCGCUCACCAUCCAGACCUUUUAGCUAGUUGCUCAGUCGACGGUUACGUUCAUCACUGGGAUCUGAGAAGACCAAGACAGCCAGCCUUGACGUUCUGUGACUGGUUUGCCGGUGCCACUCAGGUCAAGUACAGUCGUCAAGACCCUCACGUCCUUGCUUCAGCUCAUGACCGUUGGCUUCAUAUCUGGGACGACCGGAAGACAGUCGAACCACUCAAGACCAUCUGUGCCCACACGUCCAAAAUCUACGGUAUCGACUGGAAUCGGACCGAGGCUUCAAGCUUGGUUACCUGCUCCCUGGAUAAGACCAUCAAGUUCUGGGACUACGAAAAGACCGAUGAACCAGAGCGAGUCAUCCGCACCGACUUUCCAGUAUGGCGAGCUAGACAUACCCCUUUUGGUACUGGCUUGCUUGCCAUGCCACAGAAUGAGCCGGGCAAUCUUUACCUGUACGAUCGACGAACCACCCCAGAGGCUCCGAGCGCAUCAGAACCUGUUGCCCUUUUUCCGGGACACGGAAAUCACAAGGUGAAGGAGUUCCUGUGGAGAGCCCGAGGAUCAGUUAAUAGCGAGGGUGUAGAUGACCGAGAGUUUCAAUUGGUUUCCUGGGGCGAAGAUAACGAGCUGCGGUUGCAAAAGGUUGAGCCCCACAUUCUCGAGUCUAUCGGCUAUGUCAAAGGGAAGACCGUGGUGAAGAACCUGGCCUUCACCCGUAAAGGCGCAGCUUACAAGACUUUCCGCGCAGUCGACGAUACUGUCCACCGCGAUCGCAGGACUGCUACCAUGAGCGACCCGCGUCCGGGAAGCUCCGGCCAGUAUCGCAAGAGUGCUCUCAGCUACGGCCUGAAUUCUCAUCUCCGUCGUAUUGGGCCUACCUGGCGAGGUUCUCCAAUGAAGGCCAAGGUGAAUGGCGGCAAAAGCAUGGACAAAAGUCAGCUGCAAAUCGGAUGGAUGAAGGGCAUCUCCAUGACCAAGCGGAAAUCCGAGUCUGAUGGCCCUGGAAGAGGUAGCAUCAAAGACUCUGGCCUCUUUAGCCACGGUGCCUAUGACGAUGACUGGGCUGAACCCGAGACCAUCCAGGAUGAGUUCAUCCAUGUCAGUAAUCGUCUUCCCAACGUAAAGUGGGAAAACAUUGAUAUGGAUGCUUUGAUUCUCAACGCCUCACUGAAGGGGCCAUGGGGCGUCAACGACGAGGGAAUCUUCAUCAAGGUCAAAGUUGAUAUCCCCACGAGCUACCCAACCAGCAAGGCCCCCAAGUUCUAUGUCGAAAAGACAUCAUUCAUGCCCGAAGAAACACACGAGAAGAUAGAGCGUGAGUUACAGAUACUCGCCAAUCAGUUCCUCGAACGGAAACAAAACUGUCUCGAGGUGGCCUUCUCAUACUUGCUCGGCGACGUCGACCUCGAAAACAGUACCACCCUCUUUAAGAAUGUCAGGGAUCUCAAUGACGAGGAAAUCGAAGCGCUAGCAGACGAAAGCUCCAGCGAUGAGGAAGACAGCGAUGUCCAGGCUGGAGGAUCCGUCUCAAUGUCACAGGACCUUACGGCGAGCACUGAACUCGAUCCGACAGCCACCCUUGCUCCAACACAACGCCCCAUUGCAGUGCCGACGCCCAGAAAGUGCGGAGCGAGAUUUUCCAACGACGGCAGACUUGUGUGCUUCUUCCCGUCGAAAGAACAACAAGCCCUCGCAUUAUUCUCGCUGCCCAAUUCGGACGCCUAUCGUGAUCGACAGAAAGGAGAACCAAACUUUGCAGGUUUCGGUCGUCUUGCUCAGGAUUCGCCGCCUCCAAGACGUAGAUACAACGAUGAUAACUCAGAUUCUGACAGCCUAAGUGAAGGAUCGGAAGACUCAGAGUCCAGCUCUUCCAGCGAUUCAGAGCCGUCAACCAUGCACAAGAUCAGUCUUUGGUGCCAACCUGGUGGGCGCCGUCUCAAGAAGACAUGGAGCGCCAACGACUCGCUGCGCUCUAGCGGAGGAGGCACUGGCGCUGGUACCGGUACUGGAACGGGCAUCAGCCGAAGAAGGCUCCCAGCCAGGCCCAAGAAUACCAUUGCCAUCCAUGAUCUGCGCAGUCUCCUCCCAUCGCAGAAACAGUUUGCUCAGGAGUAUGCCAUCUUUGGCGAUGGUGCUGAUGUGUGCAUGCAUAAUGCCAUGGUUGCUGAGAAAUACGGAUAUCACGAUCUUGUUCACAUAUGGCAUUAUGCGGCAAUGUUGUUGCGCAAUGAUAUCCCGCUAGAAAUCCAUGAACAACAAAACAGAAAAGAGUCUGUCCUUGUCAUUGCCAGGGACGCCUCUGCCCGGGCUCGGGAUGACGAAUAUGCACAGCACUUCGGCUGGGACAUCAAUCUAUCCGGCCGUGUUAAAUGGGGUUAUCAUCCAUUAGCUCAGAGCUUGAUUGCCGACCUUUUUGACUAUUUUGAGAAGGUGGCUGACAUCCAGAUGUUAGCCAUGCUUGCUUGCAUCUUUGGAGACUCGUCCGCUGAGGAUGGGGUAGCUUAUGCAGGAUCGCAUCUUCCUCAGCCUGAGACGCCUUUGCCCAUGAAGGCCCCUUCCUUUUCACUAGAGUAUUUCCCUACCGACCCGGCAUUAUGGCAUAUCAACUACAAGAGUCAGGCUAGUAGUGCUAUCACGACUCCUAGAACGGUCCAUACUCCUGCGAUAUACUCUGAGUCACAAGGAUCCGAGGACGUCAUCGCUUUGCUUGAGCCUACCCCCAACUCCUUCUCCGCUGGCGAAACUCCUCCGAAGAUGCCUCGGGAUCAUCUAAGAGAAGUCGAUCAAACUCAGAGCCUAUCGACAUCGCCCAGCAAUAGGCUAUUUCAGCGCUCCAACUCGGCUGUUUCUGCAGCCUUCAGCCUACCGAAGACACUGGCUGGGAUGGUUUCGGGGUCGCCCCCAGAUCCCCCGUCACGAAAGCGGCCUAGCCCUGCCGAAGCCAUCUUCAACAACCUUGCCCCAAGUGUCACCUGGGGAGCUUCAACCGUGUUCGGUGGUACGGCUCCUGAAACACCGGGUACGGCACGAACUUCACUCUCGGAUGAUGAGAGUAGAGGCCAUGACAUGACGGUCUUGGUCCCUGUUGCAGUUUCGGUCGUGCCAGAGAACCAAGGUCUCUUUGACGACGAUGGAUGGCUCAACACACCUCUUCUUGACCCAAGCCGCAACCAUGUCUACUCGUAUUACCGCUAUGCCUACGCCGAGAUGCUGCAAAUGUGGGGCCAGCCGCUAUCUCGUCUUGAAAUUAUGAAGUUUAACGUACUCAAGGGUGACAAGACAUUGAGCUCUAGGUGGGAUAGCACACACAGCAUGGACGGCCACUAUGACCACGAGACGGCCGAGAACACAGCUGCUAACAGUGCCAGCCACAGCUCUGCCUUUGGCGGAAAGAAAGAACAACUCCAGGCUUUGAUCGCCUCCGGCCGCGGUCUUGAUGUUACGGGCAUCUGCCGCAUCCAUGAAGUUCAACUCGAUCCAGUGGAAUACACCAGGCCAACCAAGGGAAAAUAUGGUGGUGCCGUUGGUACUUGUCACAGGUGUGAAAAGGCCGGUAACAGGAAAGAACAAAAACAACUCCGCUGCGUGUAUUGUCUCGAGCCCAUCGCUGCGCUCUAUCCGCCUUGUCUCGGCUGCGGCUGUGCCUUCCACGAAGCCUGUCUGGCUGAGUGGCAUGAGAUGGGUGAAGAGGAAUGCCCAGCAGGCGAUGAGUGUUGCUGUGUCGAGGAUGCCAGCAAUGGGCAAGUAGAGACCUGGCCGGCCUUGCAAGCUGCUGUGGCGGCGAUGAAUAAGAUAAGAAGCGCCGCCAGCGGAAGUCUGCAUCGGCAGAUGGACCGCGACAAGGAGAAGAGCUCAGGCAGCCAGUCGGGUAUAUCAAGGAGAUCAUCCAUCAAGACGGUCCUAAACGGCGUCGCCAGUGUCGCCAGCGUCGCCACUGGAGGAGGCACCGGCAGCCGACCGCGACGCCGAAGCGUACCCACCGACCUCGCCAAGUUCAUGCGCGGCGGCCGCUCCGACCCAAAAGCCUACUCUCCGGACGACAACGACGACUACGACGAAGACGACGACGACCUACCCACCAUCGCCAUCACUAUUUCCAACGGGGGCGACCGAAGCCGCAGCGCCCACCCAAUCAACCGCCGCGCCGUCUCAACCGCUUCCCCCAUCAUCCUGCCCGUGGUUACCACAACCCCGCACCAGUUCGGCCGGCGCAGAGGCGGCAGUUCCGCCUCUCACCUCGCCGCUACCGGCGGCUACGGCAUCGGCGGUUACGGCCAUCGAUCCUCAAAGCUCUCCCACUUUUACAUCGCAGCCGACGCCGACAACUCGGGCGACUCGGCCGAUUCCAACAACGACGACACCGACACCGCCACAGGCCAAUCCACCGCCUCCAACUCCCAAAGUACCUCCCAAAUCCUCCUCUCAGGCAACGACAUCGACCGCGAAGAUUGGGAAUCCGUCGCUUCCGCGCGGGGCAUUCCCUCCCUUUCCAACGACCCUUUACACCCUUCGCACCACUCACGGUCAGGGUCUAGGUCUGGGUCAGGUGGUUCCUCCCGUUCGGCGUCCGGUGGGUCUGACACCGGAGGCGGUAUGAAAGAUAGUACGUCAUCGUUGGCGGCCUUGAGGGGAACUGGAGGAACUGGAGGAGGUGAUAAUGGGAGCGGCGAGAGGAGACCGCACCACGAACGUACGCCCAGCGGAAGAGGGUUCACGGCGCUGAAACCGCCGCCUUACGGAGACGAGCCAAUAAGUGCGGCGAGAUUGAGUUUGGGGAAUCGGUUGAAGAAACAUAUUGCUGCUGCUUCUUCUGGUUCGGGGUCGGGGUCGGGGACGAAGAAUGAUUCAGGAGCUGCUGGAAAUGUUGGGAAUGAGGGUACUGGUGAGGUAAACACUACCGCAGGAAGUAGUGGUGGAAAUGGAAAUGGAAAUGGAAACGGAAGUGGGAGUGGAAGUGGAAGUGGAAGCGGGGGUAGUAGCUCGCUACUGGGAGGUGGUGGACAACGGCCAAGUCUGUUGAGGAAGAAGAGCACGGGUAUUGCUGUGUGGAGGGGUGGUGGUGGUAACUAG